AUAUUGCACUAUUUUGUUAUAAUUCCUUGGCAAACAUACAAAAAUUAUGUAACAAAGACCCGAACUUCAGGACACGAGUUGGCAUCUUUGAGAAACGUGUUCAAUUUUUAUGCGAAUGUCAAUGGCAAGAAGCAGAAAAAUGGCGGUAAACUAGCUUCUUGUUUUGCAGUAGAGAAGAGGUAAAUUUGUGGAUUUUAAUGCAUCUUAAUGGCAUCCAUAUUUGGUGAAGAUGGGGUUGACGACCUGUUCAAUGGCAAUAUUGAAAACGAUCAGCUACCCAGCGAUGACGAGGCUGAUGCAGGCGAAAAACUGUUUGGUGAUGAUGAUGAAGACGCGGCGAAUGCAGCUGGUGAAGGAGAGCAAGCCGUUAAGGUGGAACCCAAAAAGCGCGCUAUACGAAAUCCACGUCCCCGCUUGACAGUGGAUACGCUACGUGGCCCACGUGGCUUGCACACAAUUGAACACUAUUUCAAGGACAUAAAAUUUAAAGGCAAGGGUCAUGAGAAAGAUGAUUUAAAUGAGGUGUUGCGUCGCUUGCAACAUUGGGGUCAUCGGAUGUAUCCUAACUACACUUUCGACGAUAUUUUAAACAAUAUCGAGCGUCUGGGAAAGAAAAAGCCAUUGCAGGUACACAUGACACGCUAUCGGUUGGGUCAGCUGGAGGAGCUAGCGGAUCAGAAUGUUGAACUGCAGAACAAUGUGAAUGAUCAGGAAAAUGAUGACUAUGGUGAACCAUUUGAUGAAUUUGAUGCGCUGCUGGGUGAACAAAUUGCCAUGUCCAAGUUAGCACCCCGGACACCGGCAAUCAAUCGCAAGCUAUCCACAACAAACAGUACACUGGUGACGCCUUCGUUUUCACGUAAUGCUAUAGUAUCCACGCCAUUUACUGGUGCUGGUCCCACGAUAGCUACUGAUGAUAGCAUUCAUGAUUAUGGACAACCGUUGCCACAAUCGCAACCAGUAACUCCCGCUACGAAAAGUGCACAGCUGUCUGCCGAACAAAUGGCGCGAAUUGCAGAAAAUCGUCGAAUAGCACAGGAAAAAUUGAGAGCCAAACAAGCGGAGGCCAAUGCCGAUAGAUAGUUGAAUUAAAAAAAAAUUAUUUCGUUAUAUUUAUUUGUUAAGUAAUCAUACUAUUAAGAAGUAAAUUUAGAUUCAUAUAGAAAGUUUGCUGCAGUCGUUUCCUAUAUGCUUGUAUAUAUGUAUCGACACCACUGAGCCAAGCUAAUAGAGAAAUAUUGCUGAGAAUCGA